GAAAAACCAAACCAAUCAUUUCACAAAACCCAUCACUCUCUACCACACAAAGCUUUAACCCUAAGCCCUUCUCCGAUCAUGCCGACCCGAAACAUAGCCAUUGGUGGAGUCCAACAAGAGAUCACUCACCCUAGCGCACUUAGAGCGGCACUCGCUGAGUUCAUCUCGACUUUGAUCUUCGUCUUCGCCGGCUCAGGCUCUGGAAUCGCUUUCAACAAGCUCACUGACAAUGGAGCCACCACUCCUUCCGGCCUUGUCUCCGCUGCCUUAGCUCAUGCUUUCGGUCUUUUCGUUGCUGUUGCAGUCGGUGCUAACAUCUCCGGUGGUCAUGUUAACCCCGCUGUUACCUUCGGUGUUUUCAUCGGUGGUAACAUCACUCUCCUCCGUGGUAUUCUUUACUGGAUUGCUCAGCUUCUUGGCUCCGUCGCCGCUUGUUUCCUCCUUAGCUUUGCCACUGGUGGCGAGCCAAUUCCAGCGUUCGGGCUCUCUGCCGGAGUCGGAUCCCUAAACGCUUUCGUCUUCGAGAUCGUGAUGACCUUUGGACUAGUCUACACCGUAUACGCCACAGCCGUUGACCCAAAGAACGGUAGUCUCGGAACAAUCGCACCAAUCGCCAUAGGUUUCAUCGUUGGAGCUAACAUCCUAGCCGGUGGAGCUUUCAGCGGAGCCUCAAUGAACCCAGCAGUUGCUUUCGGACCAGCCGUUGUGAGCUGGACAUGGACUAACCACUGGGUUUACUGGGCUGGUCCUCUCGUCGGUGGUGGACUCGCCGGAAUCAUCUACGAUUUCGUCUUCAUCAACGAAAACGAACACGAGCAAUUGCCAACCACCGAUUACUGAAAAUGUUGCUAAAAGUUUCAUGAAUUUUUCGUGAUUUGUUUUUUUAAUAUAUUUGGCAUUGUAAUGGGUUUCUGGCCGUUGGAUCUUUUAAGAUGAAUCUUUGUCUAUGUGUAUUUGGAUUUGUUAUUGGAGUUCUAAUUUUCUUGAAAUGUUCUUGUUAA